AUGACUUCUUUAGACGUAACUGUGAUAAGCGCUGAAAAAUUACCAGAUAUUGAGAGAUUUGGUAAAUUGGACCCUUACUGUUCAGUACAAUUCCAAGGGUUAAAAAAGAAAACAAGAGUUAUUGAAGAUAACGACGUGCCUGUAUGGAAUGAAACACUGACAUUUGACUUAAAAGGUGUGCCACUUGCAUCAAAUGAUGAGAUUCACAUUGAAGUCAAAGAUCAUGAACUUAUUGGUCGCAACAAAGUUGUUGGUACAGCCACAAUUCCUCUUCGGAAUCUUCUGAAGGGUGGAGAACAAACGCAGCAACUUGAUGUAACCCUGAAAGAUUCUAACAAAAGAGAACUGCCAUCAAAAGUAAAAUUGAAGAUUACCUACAAACCACCACCAGGAGCUAAAAGUGCUGCAGGUGGUGACACUGGUGGUGGAACUGUUGUUGCACAGGAUGAUGAAGAGGAUGAAGAGGAUGAGGAGGAGGAAGAAGCUGCACCUGUGGAAGUGGUUGAUCCCAAUACUGGGGAGGUAAAAGUUAUUCCAGCCAAGAAAAAGAAAAAAGGCCGGAGAAAAAAAUCCAGGAAACUUUCCAACAAAAAACAACCCUUCCAGAUCAGAAUAAAAGUAUUAGAAGCCCGCCAACUUCAAGGUACCAACAUCCAGCCAUUGGCAAGGGUUAAUGUUUACAAUCAAACAAAACAGACACGGGUUAAGAAAUCCACCCACAGUCCUUUUUGGAAUGAGUCUUUCUUCUUUAAUUUCAAUAUGUCUCCAGCAGACUUGUUUGAUGAGCUUAUUGAAUUUCAGGUGUUCAACUCUCGGAAAUUACGAUCAGAUUCCUUGAUUGGAUCAUUUAAGAUGGAUAUAGGAAUGGUGUAUGAUGAACCAUCUCAUGCCUUCAUUGGAAAAUGGCUUCUUCUUAGUGACCCUGAAGACAAUAUGGCUGGUUGCAAAGGUUACCUUAAGAUCUGUGCAAUUGUGCUUGGACCAGGAGAUGAAUCCCCAAGUAUAAAAGCAGCUACCCAGGAUGAAUCUGAAGACAUUGAAGCCAACCUACUGCGUCCUGCUGGAGUGACCUUACGACCUGCCACUUUCAAUUUAAGAUUGUUCAGAGCAGAGGACAUUCCCAGAAUGGAUUCUGAUGUUAUUGAGGGAGUCAAAAAAGUCAUUGGACUUGGAGAUGAAAACAAAGAAUUUGUGGAUCCUUACUUCAUUUUUUCAUUUGCUGGUAAAGAGUUUCCAUCAAUGUGUGAAAGGAUAAAGUUCAUCAUAAAAGACUGGGAUCGAAUAAGUAAUGAUGAUGUCAUAUGUUCCAGUAUAUUAAAUGUGAAUUCUAUUUCUGCAUUUGGAGAAAAUGGUUUCCUGCCAACAUUUGGACCAUGCUACAUCAAUUUCUAUGGCUCCACACGAGAAUACUCUGAUUUACCUGAUGAAUUUGACGAUCUGAACAUGGGAAAAGGUGAAGGUGUAGCAUACAGAGGUAGAGCUUUGUUAGAAUUGAAAACCAAACUUGGUGAAUUACCUGAAACUUCUAUUGAAAGUAUACCAGAUGAUGACCUCCUCAAAAUACAGAAAUACUUGCGCAGGAGAAAUUACAAACUACAUGCAGCUUUUCUCAGUGCUACAAUGGUAACCUGCAUUGAUGCACCUGUUGAGUUUGAAGUUAGCAUUGGUAAUUAUGGUAACAAAUUAGAUUCUGGUGUGGCACCCUGUUCUUCUACUACGCAGCCAACCAAUGCCGUUUUUGAUGGCUGUCACUAUUACUUCCUCCCUUGGUCUGGUACCAAACCUUGUACUGUUGUUGACAGUGCCUGGGAAGAUAUCAGCUUCCGACUGGAAGCCCUCAAUCUAUUACUUAAAAUUGUUGAUUCACUGGAAUCCAAUAUGGAAAGAGUUCGUAUCAGCAUGCGAACCAAACUUCCACUUCCCGAAUUGGCACAGCUACUCAUUUCUAUGUUGGAUGAAUUGCUUGUUGAUCUGAAGAAGCCAUUACCUCAACCUGAGAAGGGCUACCAUUUGGAAAAUGACUUGGACAGAAAUAUGCAAUCUUACAGAAAAGUGGAACUCCAAGAAAUCAUAGAACAUGUAAAUAAAGUGAGAGAAAAUGCUACAGACAUCAAUGAAGCCAUGGUUGAAGUCGAAAGUGUCUUACAACGCAUAAAAAAUUUGGCUAUUGAGCCACAAAACAGUCUUCCUGAUGUGGUAAUUUGGAUGAUCAGCAAUGAGAAAAGAAUUGCUUAUCAUAGGAUUCCAGCUUAUGAAGUCCUCUAUUCUGCUAAUCCUAACUACAUUGGCAGACAAUGUGGAAAGGUGCAAUCCAUUCAAAUGAAGUUUCCUGGCUUGAAAGCUGAAAAGGAAAAGUACGAGAUUCCUACCCUUUUAAGAGUAAAAUUGUGGUUAGGUUUGGCCAAGCAAGAGGACGUUUGGCAUAAAAACCAGACAGAGGGAGAACUAGCUGUGUUUGCAGAAACGUAUGAAAAUCAAGUCAGCAUUCUUGGUUCUUGGACUGAUGGUUCACUAACAAUGACUCGUCCCAAAUUCUCAGAUGUGCAAGGAAAGAUUUCUUUGCCAAAGGAAAACUUUGUCCCACCUACUGGCUGGAAGUGGGAUGGUGAUUGGUACAUCAAUCAAGAAUUAAGUUUGUUGUAUGACAAGGAUGCUGGACAUAAAACAUACCUGGAAGAUAUGUAUGAAAACCAAUCUCGGAUUCCUGUUGGUACCUGGGGAUUAAACAAGCAACCCUGGACAGAUGUUAAAAGUGACCCUGUAACUCCAAAAGACGAGAUAAAACUUCCUGAAGGUUGGAAAUGGGAUGACGAUUGGCAAAUAGAUCUGAGUCGAGCUGUAGAUGAAGACGGUAAGUUUGUCACUUGUUGUACUUAUGUUAAUUUUUGGCAAAUUAGAUGUGUCAAAAAAAGAAAUUAA